AGAUGCGAUUGUGCUCAUCACCCAACAAUAUUUCAUCUAUAUAUAUAUAUAUAUAUAUAUAUAUAUUGCAGUCCAAACUUGUUUCAGUUCGUACCAAACAACAUAGUCUUGCCACCCAAGUUUUGUCUUGCAAUUCUCUUUUUAUGCUAGUGAAGUCAAUGCCUGAUAUUAUUAAUACCCAGUCUAUCCGUGUGUUGUCUCUCAUUUCAAUUUCUACUUCUUUACCAUCUUCAUUAUUGUGUUUUCUGUGUGCAUAUUGCAUAACAGCUAUUCUCUUGCAAGUGCCCAUGGAAACUAGAACUGAUCACCAGCUUCACAUUUUCUUCCUUCCAUAUAUGGCUUCAGGCCACACUUUACCCCUCAUGGACAUAGCCAAACUAUUUGCUUCACGUGGUGUAAAAGCCACCAUAAUAACCACCACUGUCAAUGCAACAAUUCUAUCCAAACCAAUACAAACAAGCAAAAAUUUGGGUUUUGAAAUUGAACUUCUUGUCUUCAAAUUCCCAUCUGCUGAAGUAGGGUUGCCUGACGGAAUUGAAACCUCUAGCUCAGCAACAACCCAAGAGAUGAAGGAAAAGUUUUAUAAAGCUAUGAAUCUGAUUGAACCAAAGGUAGAGCAGAUUUUAGACCAACAUCGCCCUGACUUCCUUAUUGCAGACUCUCUGUUUCAUUGGGCUACUGAUGUUGCUGCCAAGUUUGGGAUUCCAAGGCUCAUCUUCCAUGGAACUGGUUUUUUCCCCAUGUGUGCUUCAAUGAGUGUGAUGGAGUACCAACCUCAGUUGAAGGUUUCAUCUGAUUCAGAAUCUUUUGUCAUUCCUAAUCUCCCAGAUGAGAUCACAACGACCAGAAACGAAAUACCAUCUUUUCUUAAAGCAGAUGGCAAGACAGAAUUCAUCAAGUUGGUAAAAGCAUCCAGAGAAGCUGAGAAGAAGAGCUAUGGGAUUAUUGUUAACAGCUUCUAUGAACUUGAACCGGAUUAUGCAGAUCACUAUAGGAAGGUGUUGGGGAAUAAAUCAUGGCAUGUCGGCCCCGUUUCCUUAUGCAACAAGGUAGAGAAAGAUAAAUCAGAGAGGGGAAGGGGAGGCUCUGUUGAUGGAGUACACGAGUGCUUGAACUGGCUUAAUUCUAAGACACCCAAUUCAGUUGUAUAUAUAUGUUUUGGAAGCCUGACCAAUUUCGGUGAUUGUCAGCUCCUAGAAAUUGCCUUGGCUCUAGAGGCUUCUCAGCAGCAAUUCAUUUGGGUUGUGAAGAAAGAAAAGAAUGAUAAAGAAAUGUGGGUGCCUGAAGGGUUUGAGCAGAGAAUGGAAGGUAAUGGAUUGAUUGUAAGAGGUUGGGCUCCCCAACUACUCAUUCUUGAGCAUGAGGCAGUUGGGGCCUUCGUGACUCAUUGUGGGUGGAAUUCUAUCCUUGAAGGUGUCUCCGCUGGGGUGCCAAUGAUCACGUGGCCAGUGUCUGCAGAGCAGUUUUACAAUGAGAAGUUGGUUACUCAGUUACUUGGGAUUGGGGUUGCUGUUGGUGCUGAAAAGUGGGCUGCAGUUGAGGAUGAUAAUGUGAAGAGUGAAGCCAGUGUGAAGAGGGAGGCCAUAGAGAAGGCUGUGACGGAAAUCAUGAUGGGUGAUGAAGCAGAGGGAAUGAGAAACAGAGCUAAAGUGCUCCGAGAGAUGGCAAGGAGGGCAGUUAUAGAAGGCGGUUCAUCAUUCUCGGAUUUAACAGCUCUAGUUGAAGAAUUGAGGUCCUUUGGGUAUUGAUUCACUUAAUGCUUACCCAAUAUGCCAACUUCUGCUGCUUUAAGAAGAACAGUUGCAUUAACCAUAUAAGUUGUUGGCAACUUGUACAGCUACAUGUAAUUUCUUUUAGUUCAUAUCAAUGGCAAAAGAAAAAGCAUUAUAUUAUUCCUCAAAAUAAAAAAAAAUGAACGCAUUAUGUUGCAACAUGUUAUAAAUAUAUAAUAUCAUCAUUGUGACUUUUCCUUGUUUCCUUCGACUGGAACGAUAUUGCUUUCAUUGUGAUAUGAUCAUUACAUAAACGGAUGCAUGCAAGUGCCAAAUAAACUUCCACCAAAAAGACAAUCAGCAAUAUAUUGCCAACUGAAGUAACAUUAAGUACUACUUCCCACAGCUUAUGUUUGAAAAUUCAUUGAAGAAUUACCUUACCAAACAAAAUCGUUGCCUUCUUCAAAGUUUAUGUCCAAAAUUUACUGAUUAAACUAUUGUAUCCCAUAGAAAACAGCAAGCCAACACAUUAUUUCUAGUCCUAAUUGCCUUACCUCCCAAUUAAAAAGCACUCUGUUAUAUAACCAGCUGUCUGUCAAGCCUGGCCAGUUGAGAAAAUUCCUUCUCCAUCAUCACUAGUCUUUGAGAAAACAGUAAAGGCCAUGUCAACAUGGAUAAUCUGUAUUGUAUUUCUUAGUAAUUUUCCAUAUAAGGAAUAGGGUGAAAUAAUAACCAAAUAGUUUGGAAGAAAUAAAUUAACAUAAACCAGCAUUUUCUCUUUAUCUAUUCAUGGACAACAAUACAUGCAAGGGUCACUCAGUGAACUUAGCAAAUACCUGGGACACUCAAUAGACCUGAAUCAGAUGAAGAUAACUGCAAUAAUCAUGAAUGAAGAGCUUUGGAUCUUUAUCAUAUCCCUGGCUCACUCCGCAAA